AUAAUUAAAAAAUCAGUACGCGCGUUUUUUUUUCAAUGAAUUACUUUAAUCAAUUGGAGAAUUGUUCCGUGUCUUUUAUUAAAUCCACGGGUUCCAGAAAAUGUUAUCCCGUGUCUGCAACCUGGCUCGUAGUUUGUCUUGCAAUCGCGGGCCGUAUCGUGAAUCGUGUAGAUACUGCCUAUGAAGGACACAAAAAAAACAUGGUGACUGUUUAGUACGAACACAGUACAGAUUAUUUUUCCUUAUUUACACCUGAUUACAUUGAUACUAAAAUAUUGGCGCCAAUAAUAUAUAAAGUUACCACUUUAGCAUAAAGUAAAUAUUAAUCGCAAGGUAUUAUCGGUAUAAAAGAAUCAAUUGUUCAAUUUAUAAAAAUGAAAAGAUGUUAUACAGUUGAAACUAAACAUACAGUGACGUACGAAUGGAAAAUAAAUAGUAUAAGUUUGUAUUUACAACCUAAAAGUAAUGAUGAGGGUGAAAAUAUAAAAUUCAAAUCUUCUUCAUUUUCAACAAGCGCUGGUGUAAGAGACUUAUGGAAGUUACAUCUUAAUUUUAAUCACAAUGUACAAUCAGUAAAUAAAGGCUUCGUGUCAAUGUAUUUACAAUCUUUGAUAAAUGAUUGUAAAAUUCAAACAGAAUUUACAUUUUAUGUUUUGAACAAUAAAAAAGAAAAGACUAAUGCUGAAACUUUGAAACUGUUAUUUGAAAGCAAUAAAACUUGCCAUGGGAUUCCGGAUUUUAUAGUGAAAGAAGAGCUACUGUUAAAUAAAAGAUUACUUACACCUCAUGACACCUUGACAGUUGGUGUUGAAUUGGUAAUAUUUGAUAAUACCCUCGAUAUUCCAAUAAAGAAAUCAACUAAUCUAAUGGCUCAGGAUUAUAAGCAGCUUCUUGAUAAUAAAAUCGGCAGUGACAUUGUCCUAGCAGUGGGUGACCAAAAGUUCGAAGCUCAUAAGUCGAUUUUGAUGGCCCGUAGUCCAGUUUUUCUAGCGAUGUUCACUAAUAACAUGAAAGAAAGCAGAGAAAGUGAAAUAACUAUACCAGAUAUCGAGCCUCAUAUAUUUAAAAAAAUAUUAUAUUCAAUUUACACUGAUGAAGUGACUGAAUUAGAUGAAAAUGCUGAGGAUUUGCUUGAAGCUGCUGAUCGUUUUCAGUUACUGUCACUUAAAGAAAUGUGCGAAAAAUCUCUUUGCAAUUCUGUGACUAUUGAAAGAGCGAUUACGAUUUUAACAUUGGCAGAACGACACAACGCAAAGCAAUUGAUAGAUUUUGUAGCUGAUUUUAUAAUAAUAUAAUGGCGACAAAGUUGUCGAAACUCCUGAGUAUAAUAUAAUGGAAGAGUCACAUCCACUGUUAGCAUCGAUUUUGUUCAGAAAAUCUGUUUCAAUGAAAGGAAAAACAUUUUAACUAUGAUGUAUGGUGAUUAAUUAUUGGGUUGUCAUUUUUUUCUACAGUUGACAAUUUUUAUUAAUUAGAACUUAAUGGAAGUUUUUUGAAUUUUUUUCAUUCCAAAUUUUAUAUACAUGUAGUUUUUUAUAUUCAUUGAUAACAAACAAAUAUAUUAUUACUUAUUGAUUCUAGUGCAAUGUACUUUUCUAGAAGUGAUAUAAAUCAUAUAUUUCUAUUAAUGACAUUACAAUUUUAUACUUUAACUACUUUUUUGUUAUCAUUUAUAAGAGUUAAUUAGAAAAUAUUGUAGUUGAAAAUAAUUUGUAUUUUUGGAAAAUAUCAAUUAUAUUUUUUUGUACUGAAAAAUAAAAGGCAGCAAUUUAAUAAAAAGUUACUUACUACAAACUAAAGACCGAUUUAAAAUUUUUAAAAAGAUGUAUUUUGAAAUUCAUUUAUAAAAAAAAUAAGCUGAUGUAAUAAAAUAAAAAGUACUAUUUUUAACUUCCCGUUAUAAAAUUUGGAAACUUUUGAAAACGGGAAGUUAUUGAUUUCGGUUCGAUUUUCGAAAAUCAAAUUUGGUCUUCGGUCUGGAUCGUCGCCUAAGAAAUUCUAUAGAAAAUCUAGAACAUUUCCCUGAGUUCAAAAACAGCGGAAAGUUUUUGAGUUUUCCCACAGGGUCAACUGUUUUUCAGAUUUUUUACUCGAAAAAUUGCUCCGAAUAUUUUAUUUAAAGUUCCCGCUAUUAGGGAGCGCUUCUGUCGCGCACAUUUUGAAAUUUCCAAGCAUUCAAACAAACGUGAGCAAAGUAUUUCACGGUUAACACGUGUCUGUAUACUUUUACUUAUUCUCCUCGUAUUUAUUUAUAAAAUUUUCAGUGUUUGUUUAUCAAAUUUUUAUAGAAAACACUCGAUUAUUAAUUAUCAAUUAACUAGUGCUGUUUUUAAAAUAAGUAAAUAAAUAAUUACAUUGUUUAAAGAUAUAAUAAUAAAAAUGGCAGAAGCAAUUAAGAAGAAACGAGGUUACACAAUCGUAAAAAAGCACACUAUUGUAUAUGAGUGGAUGAUAAACGAAAUAAGUUCAUACAUCAAAUCUUCUUAUACUGCUAAAAGAAGUAUAUCACUCUAUUCCCCAGAAUUUUGUACCGACUCUGGUGUAAAAGAUUCAUGGCGACUUCAUUUAAAAUUCAAUUCUCCACAAUCUUCUGGAAACAAAGACUAUAUUUCAAUAUUUUUACGGUCUUUGAAUUCAAACCGAGUUAUAAAAACAAAAGUUGUGCACUUUAUUUUAAAUAAGAAAAGAGAAAAAGUUUUGAUACAGAAACACAGUCAGGAGUUUGAAAUCGAGCAGAGUUUAGGCUAUCAGAAGUUUUUGAAAAAAAGUGAGUUACUGGAAAAGAAAGAUGUGUUGAUUCCGUACGAUACAUUGACACUAGGAGUUGAGCUCAGUGUCUUUGAUGAUUAUUGGACGAUUUCAACUUCUGCUCCAUUCAAUGAAUCAAAACGUCUGAUGACUUGCGACUAUGAAGAACUAUACCGCAGCAAAACAGGCACUGACAUCUCUCUAAUUGUACAAGGCAAGAAAUUUGAGGCACAUAAAUUGAUACUGAUGGUACGCAGUCCUGUGUUCCAUGCGAUGCUGACUACGGAAAUGAGAGACAAGAUUACUAUACAAGACGUAAAACCAGAAAUAUUUAGUCACGUAUUAGAAUUUAUUUAUACUGACAAAGUUACUGGACUGAAUGACAUUGCGGAAGAUCUGCUUACAGCAGCUGACAAGUAUCAGAUACAAACCCUCAAGCAAAUGUGUGUUGAGUCGCUCUGUUUGUCUCUAAAUAUUGAAAAUGCUGCAAAACUGCUCCUUCUUGCGGAUCGUCAUAAAGCGAAAUUGAUGUUAAAGUAUGUCGCAGAAUUUAUGACAAUAAAUGCUGAGAACGUCACGCAAACAGAGGAAUAUAAAUCUAUGGAAUCAAUAAAACCGGAUUUGGCAUUAUCGGUAUUUAAAAAUUUUUCGGCGCUGAAAAUUAAUGAUAAAUAAAUUUACGGAAGGAUAUACUGCACUGCCUGUAUUAAAUUUGGAAGUCAUAUUUAAUUAUUGAAUGUAAUUUAAAGAAGUAUUAUAUUAAUUUUACUAUGUAAAAGUACUUACAUAGAUACUAGAAUGUAGUGAUUUGUAUAUUAUUUAUAAGUAAUUUGUGGUUUAAUUUUUAUAAAUAAAUCUGG